AAUAGAAAUGUUCAAUGUUCAUAGUAUAUACAAAUAAUCACCCACCGAAACUAAUAUAAAACACAAGCUCUUUGAUAAACUGUGUUCUAAGUGCAGUUGCAGAUCUUUUCGAGAUGGCUUCUUCGAUCGUAGCUUCUGUUCCAGUGUCUGGUGGAUUUCCUUUGAAAUCACAUGAUCGUUUGUCCACAAGGUCAAGUAUGUAUGGUAACACCUUGAAAUUUCACAAGAAACCAUAUCAACAAAAGUCCAAGCGCUUGUCUGUUCGUGCGGAGUACGGUGAUCAGAAAGCUGGAACUGCCGGAGAUUUCUUUGCCGGCUUUCUUCUGGGCGGUGCUGUACUUGGAACGCUUGCAUAUUUCUUUGCACCUCAGCUGAGAAGAUCCCUGCUCAAUGAAGAUGAGUAUGGUUUCCGGAGAGCCAGGAGACCAAUUUACUAUGAUGACGGUCUAGAGAAAACCAGGCAGACUCUUAAUACCAAAAUAAGUCAGCUCAAUUCUGCUAUUGACAAUGUGGCGACAAGGUUGAGAGGUGGCCAUAAGAAGCCUCCUGUUCCCGUGGAGACUGCCAUCGAUGAAGCCAUAAUGUAGACCUGCGUUUAUGUGGUUAAGGGAAUCUUUGAUAAUAUGUAUCUUUGUCAGAUUCUGCUAUAACUGGACAUGAAUCUAGGUGAAGUUAUCGUCGUAUCAAAGCUGCUAAAUACAUGACUUGGUAAAACUUUGUUUGAUA